GCAGUGCUACAUCCACUGAUAAUUCAGCAGCUGAGGAACUCAGCAAAGCCUGCUCCAAACUUCUCAGCUGUUGACAGGCUUGACUUGCUGAGAACACUGGUUAAAUAUAGCACAAGCGAGCUCAGCUCAACAAAGUCAUUGCUGUAACACUGUGUGAAGAGACCAGAAGAGGGGAAAUACAAUCUGAGAACUAAACUGCCAAAGCCUAACACCACCUAGCAACAGUUGAAAAAACUUUUAAACAAAAGUCUGGGUGAGACACAGACAGAGUAUACCUCCUACUUCUCCUGCCUGGGAUUUCUGUGAGAAGCAGCUCCGGUUUUCUGUUCUCUACCCCAUUUCCUUCAUUACUUCAGCUGCUGGUAGACCUAGAAAAGUGGGAAAAGUUUCUCUCUUUGUGUUCUCCUGGGCUGGAUCAGUCUACUACUGUGGUAGUGCUGUGGGACGAGCUACUGUGAUCUUGCGGUGUAAAGGAUAUAUUUCUAGGUUCGUGUUGCUGACAGGGAGCAGCAGGGACCCCAGUCAGCCUCAGGUGGGAGCAGCAGAGCGAUGGCAGAGGGACACCUCCAUCCUGAACUCCCUCCUCCCCCCUCCGGACCUAGAUUCUAGCGAAGCCCCUGCUCUGGAAGCAUCCCUCGACACAGGUAGGGAUGAGAUCCCGAAACCAAGGUGGAGAAAGCUCGUCUAACGGGCACUUCUCCAGUUCCAAACCUGUCAUCAGCCAUGCAGAGAAUGAAAAACUUCAGGAGGAUGCCAAGAAAAAGAACAAACCUCAUCGCAAGGAAGAUGAGGUCAUGGUUUCAGCAACUGUCAAACGGCACUCAAAAUCACCUGGACCUACUGAACGAAAGAACAAGAAGUCCAUAGAGCUUUCAAAAGAGGACUUGAUAAAACUCCUCAGUAUAAUGGAAGGAGAACUGCAGGCAAGGGAGGAUGUGAUCCACAUGCUGAAGACAGAGAAAACCAAGCCUGAAGUUUUAGAAGCUCAUUAUGGGUCUGCAGCUCCAGAGAACGUGCUCCGAGUGCUACACAGGGAUGCCAUCCUUGCCCAAGAAAAGUCUAUAGGGGAAGAUGUCUAUGAGAAGCCAAUUUCAGAGCUGGACAGACUUGAAGAAAAGCAGAAAGAGACAUAUCGACGCAUGCUGGAACAGCUCCUCUUGGCAGAAAAGUGCCAUCGUCGCACAGUUUAUGAGCUAGAAAAUGAGAAACAUAAACAUACAGAUUACAUGAACAAGAGCGAUGACUUUACCAACCUCUUGGAACAGGAGCGGGAGAGGUUGAAGAAACUUCUUGAGCAGGAGAAGAUCUAUCAAGCGCGGAAGGAGAAGGAACAUACAAAAAGACUCAAUAAACUAAGAGAAGAACUAGUCAAGCUGAAGUCAUUCGCACUCAUGCUGGUGGAUGAAAGACAAAUGCAUAUUGAACAACUUGGUCAACAAAGCCAGAAAAUACAGGACUUAAACCAAAAACUAAAGGAAGAAGAAGAAAAGCUUAAAAUUAUUAGUGCAAAAACAAAAGAAGAUGGACAAAAACUGAUGAAGUUAGAGGCAGAACUUGAACACAAAACAUCAUCAUUUUCUCAAGAACAUGAGGAGAUGACUGCUAAACUGGCUAAUCAAGAGUCACAUAAUAGACAGCUGAGGCUUAAGCUAGUGGGUUUGACUCGCAGAAUAGAGGAGCUAGAAGAAACUAACAAGAGUCUUCAAAAAGCUGAGGAGGAACUUCAAGAACUAAGAGAUAAAAUAGCGAAAGGGGAAUGCGGUAACUCUAGCUUAAUGGCAGAAGUGGAAAACCUCCGCAAGCGUGUGCUUGAAAUGGAGGGGAAAGAUGAAGAGAUCACAAAAACCGAAUCCCAGUGUAAAGAGCUGAAAAAUAAACUGCAAGAGGAAGAGCACCAUAGCAAAGAGUUGAAACUUGAAGUGGAAAAAUUGCAGAAAAGAAUGUCAGAACUAGAGAAGCUGGAAGAGGCUUUCAGUAAAAGUAAGUCUGAAUGCACCCAGCUACACUGCAACUUGGAGAAAGAAAAGAAUUUGACUAAGGAUUUGAUAAAUGAGUUGGAAGUGGUGAAGACUCGAGUGAAAGACCUUGAGGCAUCAGAAAGCAAGUUGGAAAAGGCUGAAAUAAGUUUAAAAGAUGACCUUACAAAGCUGAAGUCAUUUACUGUAAUGUUGGUUGAUGAACGAAAAAACAUGAUGGAAAAAAUAAAACAGGAGGAAAAAAAGGUUGAGGGUCUAAACAAGAAUUUUAAAGUUGAACAAGGGAAGGUUAUGGAUGUAACAGAGAAACUGAUAGAAGAAAGUAAGAAAUUUUUGAAACUGAAAUCUGAAAUGGAGGAAAAAGUGUCUAGUUUGACAAAGGAAAGGGAUGAGUUAAUUGGCAAACUGAGAAGUGAAGAAGAAAAAUCCUCUGAACUAAGCUGUAGAGUUGACCUGUUAAAGAAAAGAAUUGAUGGUAUGGAGGAAGUAGAAAGAGAAAUUACAAGGGGUCGAACCAGGAAGGGACCAGAGCAUGGUUGUCACGAAGACAACAAGAUAAAAGAACUUACGGUUGAAAUUGAAAGACUGAAAAAACGUCUCAAACAAUUGGAAGUGGUUGAAGGAGAUUUGAUGAAAACAGAAGAUGAAUAUGAUCAGUUAGAGCAGAAAUUUAGGACUGAGCAGGAUAAAGCCAACUUUCUUUCUCAACAGCUGGAGGAGAUGAAGCUCCAGAUUGCCAAAACAAAAGCAAUAGAAAAAGGUGAAGCAGUGAGCCAGGAGGCAGAGUUGAGGCAUAGGUUUCGUCUGGAAGAGGCCAAAAGCAGAGAUUUGAAAGCAGAAGUUCAAGCUCUUAAGGAAAAAAUCCAUGAGCUGAUGAACAAAGAAGACCAGCUUUCUCAGCUCCAAGUUGAUUAUUCAGUUUUGCAGCAAAGGUUUAUGGAAGAAGAAAAUAAAAACAAGAGCAUGGGGCAGGAAGUUCUGAACCUAACAAGAGAGCUGGAGCUUUCUAAGCGUUACAGCCGUGCUCUGAGGCCCAGCAUAAAUGGACGAAGAAUGGUCGAUGUUCCUGUCACGUCCACUGGUGUGCAAACAGAUGCUGUAAGCGGUGAAGCAGCAGAAGAAGAAACUCCCGCAGUGUUUAUAAGGAAAUCCUUCCAGGAGGAGAAUCACAUCAUGAGCAAUCUGCGGCAGGUAGGUCUGAAAAAACCCAUGGAGCGUUCUUCAGUGCUCGAGAGGUAUCCUCCAGCAGCAAAUGAACUUGCAAUGAGGAAAUCUUGGAUACCAUGGAUGAGAAAGAGGGAAACUGGGGCUCAGGGAACUCCUGAUAAAGGAGCCCGAACCCAUGGUAGUCCAGCGCAUCCUGGGGAGGUUGUCCUUGCACCAAAGCAGGGUCAACCUCUUCAUAUUCGAGUGACACCAGACCAUGAGAACAGCACAGCUACUUUGGAGAUAACCAGUCCAACCUCAGAGGAAUUUUUUUCAAGUACCACUGUCAUUCCUACUUUGGGGAAUCAGAAGCCACGAAUAACCAUCAUUCCAUCUCCAAACGUUAUGCCCCAAAAAGGGAAAGGCAGUGAAAGUCCCGUGGGCCCAGAUCGUUCUAUGUCUCCAGUCACUAUAACAACAUUCUCCAGGGAAAAGUCCCCAGAGGGAGGGAGAGCACCCUUCGCUGACAGACCUGCAUCGCCAAUUCAGAUUAUGACAGUAUCAACAUCCGCAGCACCGGCGGAAAUCUCUGUCUCUCCGCAGUCACAAGAUAUGACCAUGGGAAGAGCUGUCUUCAAAGUAACACCGGAAAAACAAACCGUCCCGACUCCAAUCCGCAAGUACAACGCCAACGCCAACAUUAUUACGACAGAAGACAACAAAAUCCACAUCCACUUGGGUUCCCAGUUUAAACGCUCUCCCAGUGCUGCACCGGAUGGCACGAGUCCUGUGAUAACAGUCAGACCGGUGAACAUAGCAGCAGAAAAAGAAGUUGUGACUGGUACCGUCCUUCGAUCACCCCGGAACAACCUGUCCUCGCGACCUGCAGCAAGCAAGGUGACAAGUACUAUCACUAUAACUCCUGUUACAACGUCUUCCACCCGAGGAACACAAUCAGUGACAGGACAGGAUGGGUCAUCCCCGAGACCUACACCCACCCGCAUUCCUGUGUCAAAAGGUAUGAAAGCAGGAAAGCCAGUAGUGGCAGCCCCAGGAGCAGGAAAUGUGACAAAAUUCGAGCCUCGUGCCGAGACUCAGUCUAUGAAAAUAGAACUGAAGAAAUCUUCAGCCAGCAGCUCUGCCUCCCUGGGCGGGGGUCAGGGCUGAUGGCAGUGGCUCAGGGGAGAGUGUCAUCAUUCACCAGUUACGCAUGAACUCUAGAUGAGUUACCGCCCCCACUACGUGCUCUCUGUGUGCACUACCCUCCUUGCCAGUUGGAUGGAUCACUGUAGAAGCUCUCUACCAUCAACACCAGGGUCACUUGUGCUACUGAUUAUUCGUGGAAGAAUUUAUUGCUUCCAUUAGAUUUUAUAUAUUUUUUUUCUUGGUAGAGCGUUAAGAGUGAAGGGCCUUGAUGAUGUUUUGAAAGUACGUAGUCAGAGAGAGAGAGAGAAGCAGUCUUUCUGCCAGCUGAAUUUCACUUUUAUUUGCAAAGCCUAAGGCACGUGCUUGAUUUUGUUUGAUGUUUGCCAUAUAAUUUAUUUUUAUAAUACACUUUGUAAAGUACCUGUCCCAAAGUUGCAAUUCCUAUUGUCCAUGGCGCAUUUAUUUGUAGAAUACACUGUCAAAUUCGCAAUUUGAUAUUUUUGUAAUAGAGAGUAUGUAAAGAAAGAAAAAAUUUAACUUCAACAAUGUUUUGUGUUUAAAUGGAAAAAUAUUCAGCACAUUUUUUUUUUUUUUUGCCAUCAUGAGAUUCUGUGAGACUAAAUACUCUGAAGACUGCUGUAUGGAAUUUGUACUAUUGCAGAAUAUUUCUUGCACUGUGUGAUGGUUUGGCAUAAAUUUAAGUAUUAAAGUCCAAUGCCUUGAAAUACAACCAGAUUUACUCAUUUUAAACAAUGUAAGCCAGUUUUUAAAGCUGUGAUUUUUUUUUCUAUAUAUGUUUUUACUUCUGCCUGUACCAAAAAAAGUUGAUUUUCAUUACACUGUAACUAAUAAAUUUUCACAACUAUGCAAAUGUAA